UGCAAGCCGCCGCAGGCGGCGGCGCCGCCGCUGGUGAACUUUCCGGCGGGGCUGAUCAACAUAAUGGACAAGCUAAUCCUCCCGCGGCAGCGCCGCAAGGAGAAGGUGGUGGUGGUGAUGGGCGCCACCGGCACCGGAAAAUCCCGGCUCUCCAUAGACCUGGCCACCCGGUUCGGGGCGGAGAUAAUCAACUCCGACAAAAUGCAAGUCUACCGGGGGCUCGACGUCGUCACCAACAAGGUCACCGCCGCCGAGUGCCGCGGCGUCCCCCACCACCUCCUCGGGAUCGCCGACCCCGACGACGACUUCACCGCCGCCGACUUCGUGGAGCGUGCCUCCCUCGCGGCGGAGGAAAUCACCCACAGGGGGCGGCUGCCGAUCAUCGCCGGCGGGUCGAACUCGUUCGUGAAGGCGCUGGUGAGCGACGACCACUACUUCCGGUCGAGGUACGAGUGCUGCUUCCUCUGGGUGGAUGUUUCUCUCCCCGUCCUGCAUUACUUCGUCUCCAAGCGCGUUGACCGGAUGGUCGUCGCCGGACUUGUGGACGAAGCCCGGGAGUUAUUCGCCGGCGCCGGCGGAGACUACAGUCGGGAUCGCCGGGCCAUCGGGGUGCCGGAGAUGGACGAGUUCUUCAGAAACGAGACUUUGGUUGAUGACGUCACUAGGGCUGACCUUCUUGAGAGAGCCGUUGACCAGAUUAAAGCGUGCACGCGGAAUUUGGUGUGCUGCCAGCUCAGGAAUAUUGCCAGGCUGGAGGAGCACCUCGAGCGGCGGAUACACCGGCUCAACGCCACCGAGGCGCUCCUCCGCCACGGCGGAGACGCCGACGAAGCAUGGGAGAGGGUGGUCGCCGGUCCCGGGACCGCGAUCGUCGGCCGGUUCUUGUGCGAUGAACCGCCGACGCCCCCUAUGUCGUCGUCAGCAACCGUCAUCCUCGGCCCCACCAACUCAACCGCCGCCGUUGCAGCCGCCACCCGCUAGUUAAUAUUAAUUUUUAACCGCAAA